UGUCCUUAGUUACAUGGCCGUAAAUAGGACACACAGACAGACGUAGAGGCCGCUGCAUAUAACAUUAGCUUCACUAAGCCGUCGAAAUGGCCGAGGAAAAGGCUAAAGGUGGGAUGGAUGACAGUGCAUUCGAAUCCCUCGAAAAGGACUUCAAAGAGGUGCUUGAGCAACUAAAGGGAGAUAAAACACUUGACAAAUUUCGUCAGGAAUAUGAAAAACUCCACAAAGCUCUCAAAAAAAGUCAUGAGAGUGAGAAACGUUUGAUGCAAAAAACCAGGGAGUUAAAUGCAGAAAUAACAGCCAACUCUGCUAAAGUAGCUACAGCCCUGAAACUAUCUCAGGAAGAUCAGAACCAGAUACAGUCAUUGAAGAAAGAAAUCGAGAAAGCAUGGAAGACUCGAGAUGCUGCCUAUGAGAAGGAGACAAGAGCAAGGGAGACAAUUCAGCAGCUGAAGAUGGAAAUAGCCAAUCUGAGCAAACUUGUAGAGCAAGGUGCUGGACUUACAAUGGGACAAGAACACAGUGUCAAUGAGCUAUUGAAAAUGAAGGAAGAGCUAACAAAGGAGAGAGAUGAGCAGCUGAACGACAUUGUUAAACUGCGGGAGUCCCUUGCUCAGGCAACGUCACAGCAGCAGAAGUUGGAAUCUGAUAAGAAAGAAUGUGAAGAGAAAAUCCAAGAGCUCAACCAAGAAAUUCAGGUGAAGAACAAUGAAGCUCAGCGUGAGAGCAGGAAGAAGGACAAGAUGGAGAGAGAGCUGAAACAGGCCAAAGCCGAUCUGGACGCCAAGACUGGAGAGAUUAAGAACCUGCAGGGCCGUGUUGAGAACUACAAGGGUGACAUCUCUAAACUAGAGCAGCAAAUGAAAGAACAAAAGAUUUUGAAUGAGAGAACUAUUAAGGAUGCUGACAUCUUACAUACUCGGUUUGCCAAGCUUCAGUCAGACUUUGAGAGUCAGCUGAUUACCACAGAUCAGCUGACCGCUGAAAACCAGGCCAGAGUCACAGAGCUUAAGCAAAAAGAGGAUGAGGUUAACCAGCUCAAAGGGGAGACUCAGCGACUGAACAAAAUGAGGGAAACCAUUCAAAGGAAACUUCGGCAGGUGGAGGAGAAUAAGUCAGAUGUCGAGCAGCAGAGGGAGACUCUCAAAAGUCAGAUCAUUGGCUUGGAGAGAGAGCUGGAGGCUGCCAAGAAACAAGCAGAGGCUGACAAGAAAACUAUUGAUGAUAGAACAAGGGAACGGGACAUUCUGCAAAAGAGCAUGCUGAAAGCAGCCAGUGCCACACAGAAGCAGAUUCAUCUUGUCCGCCUUCAUGAGCAGUCCAAGAAGAACCUGGAGCAAGACAUUCAGAACUACAGGGAGGAGGCCCAGAAACAGAGGAAGAUCAUCUACCAGCUGGAGAAGGAGAGAGAUCGCUACAUCAACGAGGCCAGCGAUCUCACGCAAAGGGUUCUCUCACAUAUGGAAGAUGUCAAGGUUCGCGAGAUGCAGAUUUUCGAUUACAAAAAGAAGAUUGCUGAGGCAGAUACCAAACUGAGGCAGCAGCAGAACUUGUAUGAGGCUGUACGAAGUGACAGGAACUUGUAUAGCAAAAACCUCAUCGAGUCUCAGGAUGAGAUUACCGAGAUGAAGAGAAAGCUGAAGAUCAUGAACCAUCAGAUUGAUCAACUGAAGGAGGAGAUUCAGGCCAAGGAGAAUGCCCUCCUCAAGGAGCACUUUGAACACCAGCGUGUGGAGAAAGACAAAGAAAACCUCAAGUCCGAGUUGAACCGCCUCAAACAGCAGGCGCAGGAGAGCAAGGCAUACAUUGAGGCGCAGGAGGCUGAGGAGAGGAAGCUGCUGAAGAUUAUUGCUGAGGCGGAUGCUGAGCGAGUCAGACAGAAGAAGGAGCUCGAUCAGGUGAUCAGCGAGAGAGAUAUUCUAGGAACACAGUUGGUUAGGAGAAAUGAUGAAUUGGCUCUUCUGUACGAGAAGAUCAAAAUCCAACAGUCCACACUGAAUAAGGGAGAGAUUCAGUAUAACCAGAGAUUGGAGGAUAUCAGAGUGCUCAAACUCGAGAUCAAGAAACUCAGACGGGCAAACGCCAUUUUGGAGAAGAGGGUAGCCAAUGUAAAGGACCUCAGACUCGAGGUAUACCACAUUCAGAGAGAGUUGCUGAGGGAGAGAACUCGAUGCAAGGCCCUGGAGGAAGAGUUAGAGAAUCCUAUGAAUAUCCACAGGUGGAGAAAACUAGAGGGAAGUGACCCAAGCACCUAUGAGAUGAUUCAGAAGAUUCAGACUCUACAGAAACGAUUGAUCUCCAAAACAGAGGAAGUCGUGGAGAAAGAGCUACUGAUCCAAGAGAAAGAGAAACUCUAUCUAGAACUGAAGCACAUCUUGGCACGACAGCCUGGCCCAGAGGUUGCCGAACAGCUUACGAUUUACCAGCAGACGCUCAAGGAAAAAACGAAACAAAUGAAGUCUAUGGCAUCGGAAUUAAAUAUGUACGAAUCACAAGUCAAUGAAUACAAGUACGAAAUCGAGAGAAUAGCUAGAGAACUACAAGAAGUCAAGAAGAAAUAUUUCAUGCAGAAAAAGAAAGAACAACAAACAAAAGAAAGAGAGAGGGCGUUAGCACAAGCGGGGGCCCCUGUUAUUCAACCCCAGAGAACAGAUGGGCCCCGAUUCACAGGAGGGGGAUUCAACCUAAAGUCUACUAAAACAGCCGCUUAAUCAGAACUGAGUCUAAAAAUAGCAGAUCCAGCAUGUGAUUCAUGGAUCCAACAAUUUCUUCCUAUACUCACGUAAAAUAUCAAGUUAUCAAGGUUUUAUUUUUUGGACUCUGCUAGACAAAAUCUGAUAUUAUUUUACUUAUGUUUAGAGCAAAUAAAAGAUGAAGUUUAAUAUUUAUGAAAAGAAGAAUGUGUUAUGAAAGCUUUCACUUAUUUGGAACUUUACUUUAGGCUUACAUCUGUGAUAAUUUGUUGUUUUUAUGUGAGUUUAUAUCACAAAUUUUAAUAAACAUGAUGAAUUCUUA